CUUUGAAUAAAUUAGCACUCGGAGGAGCUGUGCUGGACGCAAAAUAACAUUCACUGUCAGUCUUGGAGAAUACUGGCAUUGCACGGGUGUAGAACUGCAGAACAAUGAGUAGAAAACUCCAAGAGAGCAACAUCAACAUCGAAGACGAUGAAGAUGAAGGGUGCGAUGUGAACGACGAUGAAAGGUGUGAUGAGAACGGCGAGGAAGAGUGCAACGUCACUGCUUUGUCAUUAAAUAAACAGAAAGAAGCAGAGGUUGUGGUUGCAGUACACGGGACCAAGACAAAACUAUGGAACACAAAAUUAUUGUCUGCACUGCGAGGAGCAAAAGAAAAGCUGAAACCUAAAAUAGAAAGUGUGAAAAGGAAGCUGGUGCCCACAGUGCAAGCAGCCAGGACAAAGAUGGCAGAUUUGAUACAGAGGACGAAAACGAAAGUAAAGAGCGAGAAUACUAGGAAACUCAUCGCAAUUUACUUUUUUGUUAUACUGCUUCUAAGCUUGUGUCUGGGUAUGGCAGUUUACUUUACUGUCUAUGAGAGGCACAAGGAUACAGGUCUUGAGUGUCUGAGCUGCACAAACGUGUCUUGUGAUGUAGAAACCAAGGUUUGUCUUCACGGCUGUACAGCUGGGUGGCAAGGGAGCAGGUGUGACGAGGGAUGUUCACAAAGUUUCCAUGGUCCUGACUGCAACUUGACUUGUGGCCAUUGUAGCGAGGACACACACUGUGACCCUGUUACAGGAGUGUGUCCGGACGGCUGUAUGGCUGGCUAUACGACUGAACACUGCAACACACCGUGUCCUGCUGGUUACCAUGGUACCUCGUGUAACCAGUCCUGCGGUCAGUGUAAAAGUCCGGACACGUGUAACAGUGUGACAGGAGUUUGUUCACAGGGCUGUAAGGAUGGAUAUGAGGGAUCUCACUGCAAUGAAACCUGCCCACUUGGCUGGUACGGUCCUGAGUGCAGUCAGCUGUGUAGAUGCAAACAUGUGUUUGAUGAGUGUGACCACGUGACAGGAAGUUGUCCACACGGCUGUGCUGACGGGUAUACAAAAGCACCCCUUUGUCAAGAAAAAUGUCCGGCCGGUUUCUAUGGACGAUUGUGCAACGAGCCGUGUGGUAAAUGCAAAGCCGGAAAAGUCUGUGACCACGUGACAGGAAGUUGUCCAAAGGGCUGUGACGACGGGUAUACAACACCACUUUGUAAAGAAACAUGUCCUGCGGGUUUCUAUGGACGAUCGUGCAAACGGAAAUGUGGUCAUUGCCGACGUGGAAAUACAUGCGAUCACGUGACAGGACGAUGCCUGUCUGGCUGUGCUUUAGGAUAUGAAUAUCCAUUCUGUAAACAAAAGUGUGCAUAUGGGACGUACAGUUGGUUUUGCAUUAAGAAGGUUUUUGACAGACGUACAAGGACUGGCUAUUUCAGCGGUUGUAACCCCAUGACACGAGAUUGCGACUAUGGCUUCUACCCAGAUGUAAGAAUAUUUUGAAAGUUCUUGAACGUGCCUGAGCGGAAAUUGCAUGCUUUCUUUGAACAUAAAAGUGUUUAAGUCUCAUAAUUAGUGCUUGUAAUUAUUCUAGCUUUUAAUGUAUAUUUUUGAUGAUGCAAGGAUUUACUAUUUCUUGAACAAAAUUUGUACUAAACAUCUUUACCUCUUUUAAAAUAUAUUAGCUUAUGAUUUUAAAAAUGUACAUUAUGUUUCGAUAGUUUGAAGCUCUGCAAUGAGCCUUAAUUUGUCUUUGAUGGUUUACAUUGCUUCAUUUCCAAUAUUUUUUAUUUAAUAAAAAUACCUUUG